AUGAGUCCUAUCACGGGUUUACCGUCCUUGUCGAAGAUGCCACCACCACCAACAAAUCCUCCGUCGCGACUUCCUCACCCGACGUCUUCUAAUGCGCCACCGACAUCCGUACUCCCAGCUCCACCGUCGAAGAUUGCACCACCGCCACAAAUUAUUGUGCCCACUCCUCGGACACCAUACCUGUCGCAAGCGAGCCCUUCGACCAUGGAACCCAAGUCGCUCGAACAAGUCCCAAUAGAUGAUUUCACCCUCCCCCUCUCCCGCGCCGAAAUCCUCAUCCCAGGAUCCGACCUAACACUCCUAACAUGGGGUACCCUCGUCUACCACUGUGAAUCUGCCCUCCGUCUCCUCAACUCUCCACCACCCUCACUCGCACCCCUCGUCCCUCCAUCCCUUCGCACCGCCAAAGUCGAACUCAUCGACCUCCGAACGAUAUUGCCGUGGGACGUAGAAACAAUCGUAGAGAGCGCGCUGUAG